CAUUUUCGCGCCGAGAGACGCCGUGCGUCGCGUCGAAUCGCGCGCGCAAACGUCGCGGAUCCACUCGAGCGGAAGUCGCGGCGCGGUGGUCGGUACGCAGUGCACAGCUGAUCAGUGGCCCCGACGGACGGUAGCCGUUCGGCUCGUCGCGAGUCUGUCCGACGCGAAGGAGCGCGAGAAAGGAGGACGGGACGCGAGCGAGUGUACAACGGUGACAGGUGAAAGCUCCGGGGGACGGGGAGGACGAUACUCCGAUAAAGCGCGCGCGGAUCCCAGGGGCGAUCAUCCAGGAGGUGGUCCCUGCCUUUCGGCCGAAGCGUGGGUGCUGUUCGCGGCGACGAGGAAAAGAAGCGAGGAAGUGGUGCACAACGUCGCAGCCCGCUCGUCGGACGUUUCCGAUGGUUGCCGUCCGGUAGAGGCCCUGCCAGGAGGAUGGGGGCCCACGAUGGGGGAGUGCCACUGCUCUAACAUCACUAUCAUGCAGCUGUUCCACGAGCUGAAGCAGCAGUUCCCCGCGCUCCCUGAUCACGUCGUCUCCCAGUGCAUCGCCCAGAACAGCCACGACCGGGAGAUAUGCGCGAGGAGCCUGCGGGCCACCCAGGAGUCCCGUCCGUCGCCGGGCGCGUUUCCACCGCCGGCCCCUUGCAUCGGGGUGCAACAACAACAACAACAACAACAACAGCCGUCGUCUCCGCCGCAACAACGAGAUCAGCAACGUUGCUGCGCGAUGAAUCAGGUACAGCAACAGCAACGCGGCAUCGCGGUCGGCGUCAGGCGUCCUCAUCGACCGGCGUCGUUGGACAUCGGUAUGACACGUCGUUGCAUCCCCCCCGUCGUAGGCUGCAUCCGCGCCGCCACCGUCGCGACGUCGUCCACGGCGUCGUCGAACCCCCUCGUCACAACCCCGUCGUCCGCACCUGCCGUCUGCACGUCGCGCGGCUUCUUCGACGACGGUUGCACCGUCAAUAGCAACGGCAGCAACGUGCCGCCCGGCUUCGAGCUCAACGUCAACGUCGCCUGCAGCCCCGCGGGCAAUCGCGAUUUUCGAACGGUACCGAUUAUCGGUACCUGUAAACGAAGCGACCUCGUCGUCGUGCCACGACCUCAUUACGCCGAACCUCUGUUAGCCGUUGGAAAGCCCGGGACGCAAAUCGAUCACACGCGAAGUUACACCUCGGUCAGCUUGACCCUCAGACCGCCUUCUUCCGAGCCGCAACCCCCGAUCGAUAUCAGAUCAGAAGGAUCGAGCCUGACUUACUCGACCUCGUCCCUGGAUCCACGUGGCUUUCAGAGCCGCCUGCAGAUCAGCAUUGGUCCUGGAAACGUCGGUAGCGUGGCGGCGGCCAGGAUAAGACCUCCGAUGGCCAACAGCCUAUUACCGUCAACUCAAACGAGUCCACAGCGGCCACCUGGACUUCCGCCAGGACCGCCGAGCCAGCUGCCAAGACCGACGACAACGACGAUGAGCGCGCCGACUACACCCUCUGUACCGCCAACGACAACGAAUAUCGUUCCAAUUUGCAGUCUCCCGACGACGCCUUGCGCACCCACGACGAUCGGCAUCGUAUCUCCCUCCAGUGCCAGUGUUGGGGAUCAUACGCAGUCCACUUCCGAUCAGAACCGAUCGCCGUUGAGUCAAAUGACGGAGCACCAAAAGAAAUUGAUCGCGGAACAAUUGGUUAGAAAAGAAAGGCUCGCCAGAGAAUUAAGAGUCGAGAAGGGACGACUCGAAGCGAUGAAGAAGGAAGUACAAGCUCUCACCAAACCAAUGGAUCCUUUAGUAUCCCCUCAAGAGCGGAAAAAACGGCUAAGGAGCGAAAUAUAUAUGCUACAGGUCGAGUGUGAUAGGUUGGCCGAUCAAGUGGAUCAAUGGUCAGACAGACGAGUACCACUGGGCGAAACCAACGAGGAGUUUUAUCAGAGCAUUUAUACCGGCCAGCCAUUGCCGACAAGACCGUUAAAUAUACCGCCACCUUUGCCGAGUCAACCUCCAGUGUGGCAAUCGGAACAACCGACGACAAUCGGGAGCGAUAAUGAACGGGACGAGCCAUCGUGGGUCUGCACUAUGUGUACUUUCGACAAUCAUCCGCUAAUGAACAAGUGCGAGGAGUGCGACAUGCCGAGACUGUUGACCCCUAGCGAUAGUGCAGGUACAGUGCACGGCAUGUCGCCAGAAACGAUGCUAUCAACCUUGUUGUUGUCGUCGUCCUCGUCGGCAGCGGCUCGUUAUGAUCGUGUUGAACCUCCUUCAAUACCACUCCAGCCACCUGGAAUAGAAUAACUUGUUGCCUAAUAGCAUGUUGUUUAUUUGUGAUAUAAUCUCUGUGAAAACUUAUAAGGUUAUUUCACAAUUGACGGAUUAAACGCUCAUUAUUCGAACUUUUAAAGUCGACGCGAUGAAGUACUUAUAUAAAAGAUAUAUUUUAUUAUCACAGUACUUUUACGAAUCAUCACAUUAUACUUUUCAGAAAUUUUUAACAAGUAUUAAAAAGCUAUUGUUAAACUGUUAUAUAAUUGUUAUAUAAUUGUAUACUUAAUUAUAAUUAAUUUUGAUUUUGUUUUUAGCAUAAUAAAAGAGAACAAGAUGUG